AAGCUAAGUAAGAUAAUUAUGGACACCAAAGUUGCCUGCCUAUUGUUGAUCAUUUUGGGGGCCCUUACCGUACAGGGUGCAGUCUCCGGAAACAAGAGGAUGAACCCCUUGUACGCCAAGUCUUACGGGAUUUGCAACCCCAAGUUUAGCGGAGAGAUUUGCGUCGAGGAGAACACGGAGUGCCCGUAUGGAUAUCAAAAAUGCGACAAGUACUGCCCGUAUGGAAAUAAAUGCUGCUGCCUGCAUCGAUUGCAACAAUGACGUCUCGACAAUGGAAUGACGGCCUUAACUUAGUAUUAAAAUGAUAAUUGGGAAAAUAAAAGCCGAGGAAUUAAGUUAGUAAA